AUGGCCCCCGCCAAUCCCAGCCGGCUGCCCCAGGUGCUGCUGCUGGCCGCCGUCGGGCUGGCUCUGAUGGCGGCCUCCGCCGCCGCCGAUGACGCCGUGGCGGCCUCCACUGCUGGCCAGGACCCCUGGCGCAAGGGCGAGACCUGGCCCACCUUCAAGGGACCCCGCGGCAAAGACAAGCGCCCCAUCUUCUCCUCCUUCAAGGAGUAUUCCGCGUUCUGCGACAAGACCUGGCCCGACCCCAACACCCCCGCUGGCUGCAAGCCACCCAAGGGAUCCGGCCUCAAGUUCAACCCCAAGCGCAUGCCCAAGGGCGUGCUGCCCUACGGCGCCUGCACCGGCAGGCCUCUGGACCACAAGGAGCACACCAUCAACAAGGACGCCAACGCCACCCGCCCCGCCAAGCCCGUGCCGCCGCCUAAGAAGUACCAGCCCGCCAAGUCCUCCGGCAACCAGGGCAAGCCCUGGGGCUAUGGCAAGCCCGCCGGCCGUCGCCUGCUGAGCGGCGAGGAGGGCGCGACCGUCAUGCGUGCCGCGCACGUGCGUGCCACUCGCACCCACCGUCGCCUGCACCAGGCCGGCGGCGGCGCCGACCAGUGCCCGGGCCUGCAGUGCGUCACCAACAUCCCCAGCCUCGCCCUCGACUUCUCCCUGCCCCUGGACUUGCCCGACGGCUCCACCCUGGACCUGGGAGAGGUGAUCGACCCCUCCACCAUCGUCAACGACUUCCUGGCACUCACCGGCGGCGCCCUCUGCGACCUCUCCUUCUCUGGCGCCGACAUCGCCAGCGGCGCCUGGCUGGCCCAGCUGAUCGGCCGCUCCAACUCCUCGCUGGCACAGAAGGCCGGCUCCCUGAAGUUUGUGACGGUGUCGUUCAAGGCCACCCUCAAGGCCCUCAUUAAUACCGACCCGCUCAACGACAACCAGGUGGGCGUGCCUGCCAGCUUCGACGACUUCCGUGUGCUGGCCAACCUGGAUGCCGCACCCGUGAUCAACCUGGGCGGCAAGAUCCCCCUGGAGCUGGGCGACAUCUUCCAGGCCAGGACCAACCUGUACCUGGCAAACGACAACGAUGGCUUCACGCUGGCCGCCGGCCUCAACAUCACCCAGGGCGGCCUGGGCGGACUGCUUGGCAAGCUGGUGACGAUGCCUGUGGAGGCGCGGGACGCCAUCUCAGCCAUCUUCAAUGCCGGCCAGAUUGGCAGCCCCGUGCUGCUCAAGGGCCUCAACGUGUUUGCUGGCGCCGAGGGCUGGGCGCUGCGUGUGGAGCUGGCCGCCGGCAACACGGGCGUGAUGGCGGGCAUCGGCCCCAUGCUGGACCUCAUCCGCCUGGCCUUCCCGCAGGUGCCGCGCACCGUGGGCGGCACCUUUGGCAUCUCAGGCCGCACCCAGGGCAACGGCCUGCCCAUUGGCGCCACGCUGGGCCUGAACGGUGUGGGCGACAAGACGCUCUACUUCUGCUCCACUACCGCCGACUGCCCCUCGGGCUCCUCCUGCCAGCUGGGCCUGUGCUCCACCACCACCUGCGGCUCGGGCACCUUCCCCACCUCCGCCGUCUCCUGCUCCCUGGCGGCCUGCCCCCCCGGCUUUGUCAACACGGGGCUGACCUGCGCGGAGCAGUGCAAGGCGGGAGAGGUGGACCAGGGCGCCACCUGCGCCGCAUGCCCCGCCGGCAAGGAGUAUGAUGCCGGCCUGUGCUACACCCCCUGCGACCGCGCCAGGAACUACUACCCCGUUGGCCCCGUGUGCUGGCAGCGCUGCGGCGCCGGCUUCACCGACAUCGGCGCCCUGUGCCGCUUCAACGGCCGCUCCAGCUUCGGCAAGGGCUGCUGCUGCAUCAAGGCCUUUGGCCGCGACAACGGCUGCUGCGGCUGCCCCGCAAACAUGAACGACGCGGGCUGCUUCUGCUACCCCACCACUAUUUGGAAGUCGUCCUAUGGCCGUGGCGUGGGCACCGUGCCCGGCAUCCGGAACAAGCAGUCCAUCAGCCGCAUCGUCAUCCCCACCGUCACCCUGCCCAACUGA